AGAGGGUCUAUAAAAAGCAAUUGCCAAGUGCCAACUACACUUGAAAAAGUUAAAAGUCAAAAGAGUGGAAGAAAGCAAGAAAAAUAUUACUUCAAAUUUGGAUCCUCCAAUGAAUCAUCAGCUUCAAGUAUCAAAUCAAAAAGAAGAAAAAUCACCAUCAUCAUCAGAACAAGAAGAAGGAAAACAAGAGGAGGAAUCUUUUCAAGAAAAUGCCCAAGAAAACCAGCAUUUGCAACAAUGGGCCAAUUAUUUCACUUCCCCUGGUGCAACUUUGGUCACAAAGCACCAAAACAACACACAAUGUCAUCCAAGUCACAAAGCAGAAAUCAAGAAAGUAUCACUAAAAAAGAAGCCAAAGAGAGCCAAACAAGAUGUUAUGGAAGUCCAUGGCGGCCGCAUUGUCCGAGCCACGGGGACAAAAGACCGGCACAGCAAGGUUUCAACAGCCACCGGUACGAAGGACAGGCGAGUUAGGCUCUCGCCUAACACGGCAAUUCAGUUCUACGAUGUGCAAGAUCGUCUUGGCUAUGACCGCCCUAGUAAGGCCAUCGAUUGGCUGAUUAAAGAAGCUCAAAAAGCUAUCGAAGCACUUGAAAAAAACCCUUUUCAAGUCUUUCCCAUGACGACUGACUCAACAAAUAAAGCACUAAACUGGCAAACUACAAAUGCUAAAAGCAAAGAAGGCCAAUUUGCGAUCAAACAGAGUUGGUCUGCUGAUAAGAAAACAGAGUUAGAAGAGUUGACUCGCGACUCUUUUAAACUUAAUGCUACAAUGCAGUACUCAGCUGAUCAAUUUCCAGAGAAAAGCUAUAAAGAAAAGAGUUCAAAAGUUUGUCAAUCUUUGAAUUACAGCCAAACUGAGAAUUUGAGCUUGUUUUCAUCAGCAAAUGAUGCCACCAUUCAAUCUUUUUGUGAAUUGCAGACUCAUCCACAAGGUCAUUUUCACUCAGAAGCCAAAAAACAAUCAGCAAAUGAUUCCAAGAUUCAAUCUUUUUGUGAAUUGCAAACUUACCCACAAGGCCAUUUUCACUCAGAAACCAAAAAACAACCAACUAAUGAUACCAAGAUUCAAUCACUUUGUGAAUUGCAGACUUACCCACAAGGCCAUUUUCACUCAGAAACCAAAAAACAACCAACUAAUGAUGCCAAGAUUCAAUCAUUCUGUGAAUUGCAGACAUACCCACAAGGCCAUUUUCACUCAGAAACCAAACACCAAUCAGCCCAACUAGGCAGCUUUUUCAAUUUUCAGUCAUCACAUCAAAAUGAGUCCAUCAAUUUUUCUGGUGAUCAUCAUCAAGGCUUGUUAAACAAGACCAAUUUAGAGUUAAGAGAGGAUUCAAGAUUCAGCUUUUUACCACAAAAUUUCCCCACAGUUUUAGGCCAAAACCAACUGUUUAAUUAUCAGAGGGAACCCCUUCAGUCCAGUUCAAAUUUUCCUCAAACUAUUUCUUAUUCCAAUAUUGGAUUUGCAAAUGAUGGCUUAUUGGGAAUUUCUAAUGCUCCAAUAAUACAAGUUGAAGAAGAGGAACAUGGUACACUUUCCAGUACUCUUUCAGCUGUUAAUGCAACUACUCUUCUACAUUAUCAAGAGUAGCUUUUUCUCCAAGUCCAUUUUCUUGCAUUAUGACAUUCUUUUUGGACGUGAAAUAUUUGUGAUUUAGAUGUAUUACUUAAUGUAUAAUUCCUAUUAUAGAAAGGAAAUAAUUUGAAGGGAAGUGUUGGAGCAAUAGUAAAGUUGUCUCGUGUGACCUAUAGGUCACGAGUUAGAAUCGUGGAAUCAGCCACCGAUGCUUGCGUCAGAGCAGGCUGCCUACAUCACACCCCUUGGGAUGCUGCCAUUCACCGAAUCAUGCAUGAGCGCAUGAUACUUUCCCUAUUAUAGAAAGGAAAUAAUUUGGGGGUAAUUAUUAUAAGACUUAUUAAUGGAAUGUUUUAGUUGUUAGUUCUGCAUUUAUGCAAGUGAAUUCAAGUCCCCGCUCCACUACUCCUUCUUCCCAAAUUGAGAUAUGGGUUCUUGAGCAUGUACCAUUUACCUGGAGUUGUCACUCCUUUAGUAGUAGUAGUAGUGUUACUCAAUUCAUGAGUAAGCAUAGUUCAAUUUUUUGGAUUUUCAUCCAUUUUUUUUCUUUUCAUUUUGUCCGUGUACGUUAAGUGUUAUGUAUAGGCCUAAAAUAUUAAGUUGUUGUCUCCUUGUAUGGUUUUUGGCAAAUCCCACUCUAUGAGCUAGCAUUUGAAGCUGAAUUACGAUCGAUAUACAUU